AUGGAAAAGAACGAAGUUUCCCUUGUCGAAACCGUCUCAAAGGACGAGAACCAGCAAAACAAAACCGAAACACUCCCACUCCCCAAGAGCGAGGCCUUUCAAGACGAAACGCUCCUCUCCAUCCUCUGCGGCGAUGAAUGGGGAUGGAGCGGAUGGAUCUACCGCGACAUUGUAAAGUUUGAGCCAGAUGGCACAGGCAUGUUCCAAAUCCUUGGCGAAUUUCAGUGUUACCUCUCUCUCGAAUUCGCUUGGAAGGCAGCGGGCAGCACCGACAUCAUGCAAAAAAUCGACCGGCACAGCGACCCGCGGACGGAACCACAAAUCAUCACCCGCUUCGAGCUGGAGAUAACGCUCUCACGCCGCUAUCCCCCUUGUUGGGAGUGGUACUUUAACAAACCGUGGUCACGCGGCAACGCCAAAUCCUUAACAGACGAAGCUUUCGAGCCGCGCGUUAUAUCUUUCUGGAUUGAACAAGGCCACUUCCCCGCGCCCAUUGAAAUCGGCCCACCGACCGCACUCAGCUGGCUCUGGCCGGCAAAGCAGACUUUCCGAUAUGGGGAGUUCGCGCUGCGCCUGCACUUUGAGCCCUCGCUCUACCCGGCCCGGCAUCACUGGCGAGAUCCCGAGAACGGAGACGGCAACAUUCGCAAGUCGUGGGGGUGGCACGAGCUCGUGAGCCGGGAGCUGCCGUUACCCAAGGAUCCCCAGAAGCAGUGCUAUAGGCUUGAGUUUCCGGAUCCCCAGAAACAAUGCUACGGGCUUGUGUUUCCGGAUUCCAGGCCGUCGUGGUUGCGUGAGCGGUGGGCGGAUCUGGUUGAUAUUGUGAAUGGGGAGUAUCACAUUAAGCAGCGACAAUCGGGCUUUCACAGCAUUGAGCAGGAGAAGUUUUAUCGGCGCUUGGAACGCCAAGUGGAGUGGUUUGAACACCAGGAGGGUGAACGGUCGAAGAGCGAGCUUGAGCAGAUACGGAAAGCGCGGGAAUGGAUUGAGGAGGGGCGGCAGCGUGAGCGAGAGAUGAUGGAAAAGAAUGAGAAAGAAAUGACGGAUGAGAAGAAGUAA